ACUCAUUUUGCCUUUCACUGAGAAAUAAACGGUAACUUACGAUUCCCGUCAAUUGACGGGGGAACCUAUUCGGGGCAAGUAACGUGCCGUGAACAGAAGAGGGGAGGUUCAGUGCAAUAGUGGUAAUGUAGUACGUAACAAUAUGAGCAUUCUAUUGCAUGGACAGAACAAAUGUAGACAACGUGGACAACUGGUUCAGAGAGAGGUCGAGAGUUCGAAUCUCUCUCAGCUUAAGCAAUAAAACAAAUUAGUCACAUAUCUCCGUACAACAUUCAACAUUCUCCUCCUUCUGUUUCUUGGACGUUUCCUUUCAGAAUCCCCAUAAUAAUACCAUUACUGACCGUCAAUGGCAGUAGUAGUGGCACCCAAGUCGAGAAAGUGUGGAUUUCUGGUCUUCCAGAAUUAAAAAAAUUCAGCAAAGAUAUAUGCAGAGGGGCAAAUCAUUGCUGAAGGACGGUGCACACGGGUAUUACUGUUUGAUAUUUCAUCACCAAAGAAUACAAUUGCAGACAGACAAUGCACGUCUUUAUGGAUCUGCACUGGAACGUCAAAGACCAAUGACAAUUAGGAGAUUGGAUUUGUAAACAGAUCUGGAGAGUCCUUAAUUUGCAGCAUGGAGAGUUAUCAUUACUGCUGCAGAGGAAACCCUUAUCCCAACUCAAGAUACAUUGUGCUAUUUGUCAUUGUGCUGGUGGGUUCAUCGGAUGCUUUAGGGGGAUUACAUGGAUCCAGGAGAAUUGAGGAAGAGAGAAAGCCUAGAAGGGUUUUGCAUGAGCCUCUGUUUCCAAUUGUGCAGCCGGCUGUUCCAGUCCCUGCUCCUGCGCCAUUGUCUAAUAAAGGUGGUGGGAUAGAGCCUCCUCCAGUCACAAACCAGCCCUUUUUCCCCCUGGUGCCCUCGUUGUCGCCGCCAUCGCCCCCGGAUCCGUCUUCCAGCAGCGGUAGUACCAGCAUUCCGGCUGAUCCUAAUGGGCGACAAUCUGGUAAUGUUAGUAGUAGUGGUAGUGGUAGUAAAAGUAAAAGGUCAAAGAAUAUCGUGAUUGCGUUUGUAGUGACUUUGAGUGCAAUCGCUGCGCUUGGUGUAUUGCUGUUUUACUUGCAUCGUAAGAGGGGUAAGGAUCCAUGGGCGACAUCCAAUAUAUAUUUGGAUGAAACCCCACUCAGGGAGCCAAACGGGGCUGGGAAUUUGAGGUUUUUUCAGUCCCCUAGCCCUGUUACAACUAAAUUGGCUGUCAAUGGCAGCGGAUCGGAUGUUUUCUACUUGGGAACCAUGGAGCCGUUUGCAAAUGGCAGGAGUUCCAAGCCAGAAAGAGAUAGAGAUACCCAUGUUCAUUCUAUAAGGGAUAGUAAUACACCUAUCCCUACCCAUAAGAUGGAAGAUGGUAACAUCCCCUCUUACACCCACAAGGAUAAGCAGAAUGAGAAUGAGAAUCGAUUUGCUGAUGACAAGGAUGAUGAUUCUGAGGAGGAUAAGAAGACUGCGCUGAAUUCUAAGUUCAGAAUGUCAAAUGGCGCUGAUGUUGAUGUGGUGGAGAGGUUUCACAGACGGAGUCCUGAAAUUCAUCCACUUCCACCUCUGGCAAGGAGACCUCCCCGUUCCGGUGUGUGCAGCGAUUCUUCUGAUGAGGAGUCCUUUUAUUCACCUCGGUGUCCUUCAACAACUUCAUCGCGAAGCAACAAUGACAGUCCUCGGCAAUCGGUAUGCAAGAGGUUGUUUUCUUCUUCUCCUCCGCUGCAACAGCAGCCUUCUAUAGUGUCUUUGAAAUCAGAGUCUACCUCUACACAUUCCUAUCCUUCGUCAUCUGCAACUUCUUCUGCAGCGUCGACUCCUUCUCCAUUGGAGACUAGUCCUCCCUCUCCGCCCAUUACCCCCACCGUUCUACCCCCUCCAAUUCGGUCACAUUUACAUUCACAUUCACCACCUCAACAUUAUCCUCGUCAUAUUCCCCCAUCCCCGAAUUUUGAAACCCAUCCUCCCAUUACUCCUCCUCCUCCUACACACAACCAAUUCAAGACUCCUCCCCCACCCCCACCUCUACCUCCCCCAUUUUUCCAGCCAACUCGGCCUCUAAUCUCCCCAUCUGCUAAACAAAAGCCUGAUCAGCAAUCAUGGGUACGCCCACCAGCUAAGAAAAAGACUGGCUCAUCAUUAUCAUCUCCUUCACUCACCAAGGAAAAAUCCAAUCCACUUCUGUCACCCACUUCACGUGAUUCCAGAUCAUCACCAUUGGGACAUGUUGGAGAAAAGCCCAACAGGGUAUUACCAGCUUCUCCUCCAUCCUCAGUUUCACCACCAUCUAGCAAGAACUCAUAUUCACCACUCCCUCCCCUGCCAACACGUCCUCCUCCACCAUUCUUGUCUUCUUCCAGAUCAGGUAGGCAGUCACAACUUCCACAACCAUCAUCCAAGAGUCCCCCUCCUCCACCUCCUCUGCCUACUCAAAACAAAUCUAGCCCACCAGAAAGUCAUCCACCUUUGUCUUCACGACCUGUCGUCCGGCCAAAUUCAGCAUUAUAUUCGUCAAGAACUGGUCAAUCUUUGCACCCUAUUGCACCUACUUCUGGCCAUUCACUCUCUGAAAAUGCUGCCGAGCAUCAGAAUGUAGCAGGUACAGAUGGGACACCGCGGCCUAAGCUGAAGCCUUUACAUUGGGAUAAAGUUCGAGCAAGUCCUGACCGUGCAAUGGUCUGGGAUCAACUAAAAUCAGGAUCCUUCAAAUUAAAUGAAGAGAUGUUUGAGACUCUCUUUGUUUACAAUACCCCAACUCCGGUGAAAGCAGAAGGGACCAGAGGAUUAGGUUCUACUCCUCCUUCUCAGAACCAACGUAUUCUUGAGUCCAAAAAGUCCCAAAAUAUAGCAAUACUUCUACGGGCACUGAGUGUAACUAAAGAGGAAGUCUGUGAUGCACUACUGGAAGGGACAUCUGACAGUCUAGGUACAGAGCUCUUGGAGACUCUAGUCAAGAUGGCACCAUCAAAAGAAGAAGAAAUUAGAUUGAAAGAGUAUAAUGGAGAUAUUUCCAAACUUGGACCAGCAGAACGGUUUCUCAGGGCAUUGUUAGAUAUUCCCUUUGCCUUCAAACGAGUUGAUGGCAUGCUGUACCGGGCUAAUUUUAAAGAGGAAAUUAGUCAAAUAAGAAAAUCCUACGUGACUUUAGAGGCAGCAUGUGAAGAAAUAAGAUCAAGUCGUCUGUUCCUUAAGUUGUUGGAAGCUGUUCUAAAGACAGGUAAUCGGAUGAAUGUUGGUACCAUUCGUGGGGAUGCUCAAGCUUUUAAGCUUGACACUCUUCUCAAACUAGUUGAUGUCAAAGGUACAGAUGGGAAGACAACGUUAUUGCAUUUUGUUGUCCAGGAGAUAAUAAAAGCUGAAGGUGCACGUGUUGCAAGUACGGGUGAACAGCCUGUAAACAAUUCUGCAUCUGAUAUUGUAAAUGAUAAAUUGCACACUCUGGGUACAGAAGUCAAGAGUCAGAAUGGUAAUGAAGAAGAUUACAAAAAACUUGGGUUGCAGGUUGUUGCUGGCUUGAGCACUGAAAUGGGCAAUGUAAAGAAGGCAGCAGGAAUAGACUCAGAUGUCUUGUCCAAUUCUGUGUCAAAGCUUGCAAUUGGUUUAGGGAAGUUAAGAGAGAUUUUGCAAAUAGAUGUUACAAGACAAACAAGGGAUGGGAAAGUAGAUGGGAGUUCUAAUCAAGGAAACUUCUAUAAAUCCAUGGAAUCUUUUUUGCAACAAGCUGAGGAGGAUAUAUCUCAAAUAAAAGAUGAAGAAAAGAGAGCCUUCUCUCGUGUGAAGGAAAUAACAGAAUAUUUUCAUGGGGAUGCAGCCAAGGAAGAAGCACAUCCUCUCAGAUUUUUUGUAGUCGUAAGGGACUUCCUAAGUGUGCUGGACCAAGUAUGUAGAGAAAUUGGCAGAAUACAGACCAAAAAUAUUCAAAGCUCUGUUCGGCCUCCCUCAAUUUCAGUUAAUAUGUUUCCUCAUCCUCUUCCAAGAGGCUUUUAUGAAAGAAGGCUUGAUAGUUCUGAUGAUGAAAGCUUAUCUCCGUAACAUUUGCGAUGGCAUUUUAUAAUCUUUAGUGAGGGGUGGUGUGGUCAAUGGACGCAUGCUCCCUUCUUGUGGGAGGGAUCUAUAUCAUGCAGAUCAAAAAGUGCGUCAGACCCAUAUCCUGAAAGCAUAUGCCAAGCAACGAAUGGAUAAUCCAUGUAUUUUUUGUUUUCAGUCAAUCAAUUCCCUAGUGCUAGUGUAAUAUAACUUUCUAGGAAAUAUAAAAUAAUCAAGGCAGUAAUUUGUGGCAUUUUGCUACAUGUAAAGAGUUAAUUUUAGAAUUCUUUCAGCAAUUAAUACAAAAAAAAGCCUGAUACAGGAAUUCAUUGUU